AAGCUCCCCGCGCUGGCCGCCAAGCUCAGGCUCCCUGUUGGGUAGACUGAGACGUGCAAGUGUGAGUAGUGUCCGCCACCCGGAUGGCGAGGGAUCUCAUCGGACCCGCGCUACCGCCGGGUUUCAAGACCCGCGGGACAGCGGAGGACGAGGAGCGAGACCCAAGCCCAGUUGCAGGACCAGCUCUGCCCCCUAAUUAUAAACGCAGUAGUUCAGAGUCAUCAGACAGCGAUGAAGACAGUAGUUCUUUGUAUGAAGAAGGAAAUCAAGAAUCUGAAGAAGAUGACAAUGGUCCAACUGCAAGAAAACAGAGGAAAAAUGAGGAUAAUGGUGAUGAUGACGACGAAGGGUUUUUUGGACCAGCCCUUCCUCCUGGAUUUAAGAAGCAGGAUGAUUCUCCUCCAAGGCCUAUAAUAGGACCUGCAUUGCCACCUGGAUUUAUUAAAUCUACACAAAAAAGUGACAAAGGCAGAGAUGAUCGAGGACAAGAAGAAUCAUAUUUCAACUCUGAGGAAACAGAGAGCAGUGAAGAUGAGGACAUUGUUGGACCAAUGCCUGCAAAAGGACCAGUUAACUAUAGUGUAACAACAGAGUUUGAAAAAAGGGCCCAGAGAAUGAAAGAAAAACUAACUAAAGGAAAUGAUGAUUCAUCUAAACCAAUUUCAAGAGAAUCGUGGAUGACUGAGCUUCCUCCGGAAAUGAAAGACUUUGGUCUUGGGCCUAGAGCUUUUAAGAGAAGAGCCGAUGACAAAUCUGGAGAUCGAUCAGUCUGGACUGAUACUCCAGCUGACAGGGAAAGGAAAGCUAAGGAGACACAGGAAACAAGGAAAUCAUUUAAUAAGAAGGAUGAAGAAUAUAUGUUGUCAGGAAGGGAAAAGAGAUUGGCUGAGCAGGUAUCCUCAUACAAUGAAUCAAAAAGAUCAGAAUCUCUUAUGGACAUUCAUCAUAAAAAAUUAAAGAAUAAGAAUGCUGAAGAUAAAAGUAAACCCCAAGAAAGAAUACCAUUUGACCGUGAUAAAGAUCUCAAAGUUAAUCGGUUUGAUGAAGCACAGAAAAAAGCCCUCAUAAAGAAAUCUAGAGAACUAAACAGCAGAUUUUCACAUGGCAAAGGCAAUAUGUUCUUAUAAGGGGAUUUCCCUGUGCAGUGAAGAAAAGUUGAAGCAUACUCUUAUCUGUCCAACUUUAUUCCUUUGUUUUGAGUUUAAGAUACAAAUUACUUUGGUCUUAAAAACCAAACUUACCUUUGUACCUUCUUUAAAGUCAUGUGGAAAAUAUAAAAUCAAUGUCCCUUUGUAGAAUAGAAUAUUUUACGUCUUUGGCUUCUGAGGAAGCAUGGGCUUUUCUUCAAAUAAUUAUUUUGAGGAUCCUCCCCACCUCUAAUUUUCGUAGUGUCUCAUAAUUACCCUUGAAGAUCCUGUCAGGACUAUCCACUGAAGCUUACUAACCUGCCUGAAUAAGUUUGUCAGGUCCUUGCAGUAAAUCUAUGAAUUUGAAUGGUUGGUUUCUCCCUCUAAACUGCAGGCAGUGAAUACACAUUUACUUGAAAAAAGGGAAUUUUGUCUACUCUGUUAUCAGUGUGUUUGUUUUGGCACUCAGGGUUUUGAUUUAUUGUUUGGUUUGUUUGUUUUUAAGUCAGAAAGAGGCAUCUUUGUGUUAUCUCACAGGCAAAGGAAAAACUUAAUUUUUUCAACCUUAAUAAGUAUUUCUAGGGCUGGCAAUCUGAAGGAUAAGAUAUGCCAUUAACCAUUAACUGUGGAGUCUAAGACUCAGUUCCUAUGAUCUCAGCCAAAGCUUUCAAAGUCUUUAAACUUUGCUUUGGGAUAAUAUCACUUUACUGAUUUAUAUUUAACAGUUUUUAGCUAAUUUAUUGGAGACAAAUUUUUUAUAGCAAUCAUGAAUAGCCUUUCUUAAAAAUUCAACCUCAUAGUUCCUGAAUACACAAAUGUAAAUAGAAACUGUAAUCAUAGUCAAAGAUAGAAUAAGUUUGUAAUGCAUUAAGCUCUCCCUCUUAAUAUGUAAAACAGAGAAUUCUAAAUAGUUAAAUCUUAAAUUCUGUAAGUUAUAUUUUCUUACAGAUCAGUCUCAAUCGUUCUGCUAGUUUUGUGUCCUGAUAUUGAUGAAGCACAAGAUUUUAACAAAAAACAUUCUGAGUCCUCGUUCUUUUAAGAUAUAUGAAAAUUGAGUAAACUGUCUAGUUAAAUUAUGGUACAAAUUAUUCUUCUAAUCAUAGCAGUACAAUGAUAUUUUCUAUAACAUAAGUGUAAACAGUAGCCUACUCAAGGAGUGGUACUGGUAAAAUGAUGAAUAAUCCUAAGUAAAUUGAAAAAGGCUCUUUGUGUAAGCAGAAUUGAACUUUUUCUAUUCUAAAGAUUUCAUUUUAACUAAAGUUGUCAUUUCUACUGGGUAAUAAAUUUUGAGCACAAAAUUUUGUACAAGAGAGCAUUGAUUGCUUUCGCUUUAUUUUGUUAUAUUUUUUCCCCUGUGAAAGGAAAAAAUGUUUUCUGCUUUCUCAUCCUUAUGUAAGUUCCUAAAAUAUAGGUUGGGGAAAUUUGAUAUUUUUUAAAGUCUUUUUGGAUACUAACUUUUGCUUUGCUUUUCUCAUCUCGAUUGGGUAAGGAUAUUUCUCUAUUACUCUUUGGGGUUUUUUUUUUUUUUUUUAUGUUUGGCUUUUUGUAUGGAAGAACUGGGGUAUACACAAGAGGUGCUGGGGGUGAGAGGAUUCACCAGAGACAGUGGGGAGCAGAACAGGUGGAUUUACUGAAAUACACUGCUCAGGGGAGACAAGAAAGGUCUGCUGGGACAUAUAUGGGUUAGCUCCCUGCCUGGGGAUCCAACUCAGGCCGUAGCAGUGAUAGUGCUGAGACUUAACCCCUAGGCCACCAGGGAGGCCCUGUGUUACUUUUUCCCCUUGCCCUUGGAACGUACAUAACCUUAGCAAAAAAAAAAAAAAAAAAAAAAAAAAAGGGAAAAGCCUCUCUGCCUAAUACUUUCCAGAAAUUACCACCUUACUUACACCUCAGAUCUAGAGCUUUUUUUUUUCCCCCAAAGACAAUUUUAACAAAAUAUCAGGCAGACCAAAAGUUUUUUAACCUGUGGAGACAAAAAAAGUCCAAUAUAACAACACUGACAGUUAAAAAACAAAGUAACUGUUUGCACAGAAUGGAAAGAUAGUCUUCAUCCCCUCAUCUCUUCCAAAGCUGCAGAAGUCCUACUUAAGCAAGUCUUCAUCUGUCAGAAAAUUGGGAUUAUUAACAUUUUCUAGUAAGACCUUUUUAAUUUCCCAUUCUUGGCCAAGAUCUAUAGAACUGUGAUCUCUCUUGUAAUUUAAAAAUGAAGAAGAAAAAGGAACAAUACAAAAUUCAAAAACGAAGCAGGUACUUUAACCGCCUUUACUAUUGAAGGUGACAUUGAAGUUUAUUAUACCUAAAAUUAUACGACUUUAUCCAACUCUUAUUUAGAUGCUUCAGAUUGUAACGACAUUACUGGUAAAUAAGUGGUGACUUUAUCAAGUCAAGAAUAUGCAGGUGUGAUGAGAAGAGGAUAAAAACUGACAGGUGAUUGUUAUAAACUGUUUUAUCAGAUAAGUCCUUCUUGUACUAGGCAAGACACUAUAAAUUAAGCCCUGCUCUCAACAAAAAGGAAAUGGGGGGGCGGGGUGGGGUGGGAAUCACUAAGAAUGUUUACUCUUAUUUGAAUGUAGCAUACAUUUUAUACUUGACCAUUUCAUGGUUUUUUGAAAUAUUUUUUUUAGAAGUGCAGUUGAAAUUUACUUAUUAUUGAGGCUUACAUGCUCCAGAAUAUAUUCAGUUAUUAUAUAAAUUUGAUCUCAAAACAUGGCACUUUGUUUCUUAAAUAGGAUAGAUGUUAAUAUUAUUACUCAGAAGUGUAUGAUUGUGGGAGACAGCUUUUAAAAUAUUUACAAGAGCCCUGAUCACUUCUUUUUUCACUUUUGCCAAAGUAAUGAUAGGUAUUAUUAGAAAAAGAAUUUUCUGUUGAGUUACACCUAAGAGGAAGAGUUAACAUGAAGGGAAGUGAUUUGAAAUAAUAUCCAUGGAACAUGAAAGCCAGGCCUUCUAAUUCAGAAUAUUAUUUGAUGCCAUUGUGAGAUUUUAUUUGAGUCUGUAGUUACUAAAGAUCAUGCAUUUCCUAUUACAGGACUGGUAUAUUUUUUGCAGCUGAAAAAAUUAUUUAACUGUGGCUAUAGUAUAUACAGAAUUAAAAAGCUACACAGUGCCCCUUUCAAACUUUUCAUUUUGAAAUUUACAGUUAAAAAUCUGCUUUUAGAAAAGAAUUCCUGAGGUGUAAUUUUUUAUGUAUAAAUAAAGUGUCCUCUGUAUCUGAGAAGUUGUGG